AUGAAACACCAAACAUUGACAUGCCUAUGUGUUCUGGCUCUCACCAUCACAGUUUGUUCCAACACAGCAAACGGAGCAGAAGACUUGGCCAAAACAUGUGGUCAAGUGGUUUCAAAGGUGAUUCCAUGUUUGGACUUUGCGACGGGGAAAGCACCGGCGCCGAAGAAGGAAUGCUGUGAUGCAACGAAGAGUAUAAAGGAUACGGAUCCAGAGUGUCUAUGCUAUAUCAUUCAACAGACUCAUAAGGGGAGCCCUGAAAGUAAGAGCAUGGGGAUUCAAGAGGAUAAGCUUCUUCAACUUCCUGCUGUUUGUGGUGUUAAAGCCAACAUCUCUGAUUGUCCUAAGCUUCUGGGUCUAUCUCCAACCUCUUCGGACGCAGCAAUAUUCAAAAACUCAUCCAAGAUCAACCCGCCUUCAUCAGCCGCAUCAUCCACCGGAACUCCGACCCCACCGACCCCAAGCGGCUCACAUAAGCUUAGACCAGUCAUGAUCAGCGACGUGAUGAUGGUGACUCUAGCCUUUGUUCUUGCCGCAGUACCUACCGGAUUAAUCACCAUUAAAUUGUGA